CGAAUCGAAUCAAAUGAUGAAUACAAUUGAUAUAUCGAAUAACGGUCAUCAUGGGUAAUAUGGUCAUACGUAUGUUGAUGACACAAUUGGCACAACGUUAUAGUUCGAAAAAGAAUGAACGUUUUCUCAUUGUUUUCGGUACAUUCUAUCUAUUUGCCGGUAUUACAUUAUAUUAUUUUCUAAAUGAUGUACUACUCAACACAUGGUUGGAAUGGAUCAUGCAAUUAAAACCGAAUGGAAUGAUAUUGAAUAUUUGGCAACAAACCAAUCUAACCAUAAAAGUAUGGUUGUUUAAUAUUGAAAAUGGUGAAAAAUUUGUGGCCGGCACACAAAACAUACGGAUCCGUGAAAUUGGUCCAUUUUGUUUCCAUGGUCAUCGACAGCGGACAAUUAUUGAUUGGCCAUUGGAUUAUGAUUUAAUUCGAUAUAAUGAAAGUUUUCAUUAUGAAUUUGAUCCGAAACAAAGUGUUGGUCCACUAUCAACGACGAUGAUUAAAACGAUUAAUCUUCCAUUAUUGAUGAUAUUAGGCUUUAUACAUCGCAAUUCUUCUUCAUAUUUGAAUGUAAAUUUAACCGAAUGGAUCAAAGAUAACAAUGAAUUGAUUAUUGAAAAAAGUGUUGGUGAAAUUCUUGGUAUAAUCAAUAUGAAUACAACAACCAAUGAUGAUGAUGAUAGUGGUGGAAAUGAAUUUGGUUUUACAUUUUUCGAUUCGGAUGAAAUUUAUGGACCAAUUGAAUCGUAUACUGGUUAUCGUAUGAAAAGAAAUUUUAAUCAAUAUUAUCGUUAUCAAGAUAGAAAAGAAUUUGAAAAUUUUCAACAUAUCGCUUGUAAUCGUUUAAAAGGAACAGAAGGUUCAUUUUUUGGCCUGGAUAAACAUCCAGAUGAUUUUGUUUUGAAUAUAUUCAAUCCACAUAUUGCAUCGUGUCGAUCAUUUCGUUUUGUUUAUAAUGGUCUCAAUCAAAUUGAUUGGAUACAAACACAACGUUAUCAAUGGGAUUUAGAACAAUUUUCUCUUAAAUAUUAUGCUGAUAAUUGGUGUUAUUGUCCAGAAUACAUUGAUGAUGAUGAUGAAGAAUGUGAUGGACGAUUCUAUUUGAACCAAUGUAGUGAUGAUGAUCAUCAACAACAAUGGUUAUUAAUGACAAAUGUUCAUUUUUUACAUACAACAAAUCUAGCACGUAUAAUACGUGGUUUACGACCCGAUCCAUUGAAGCAUCAAUCAUAUAUCGAAAUGGAACCAAGAUUUGGUGCUACCAUUGAUUCACGAUUACGUAUUCAAUAUAAUUUCAAUCUAAUGCAACCAUAUAAAUUUUAUGAAAAUUUCAAUCUUAAUUUCCAUCAUAAACCAUCGGUUAUACCAUUCAUAUGGAUUGAAGAGUGUUAUACAAUGAACGAUGGAUUCUUUAAAUUUCUUUUACAAUUUUGUUCAUCAUUUCUCAUAAUCAUUUCAUAUUUUUAUGCAUUUAUAGCAACAUUUGGUGUUUGUUUAAUUUUAAUUGGAUUGAUAAGAUUGUUGAAAAAAUUUAUUAAACGUCGUACGGCUGUCAAGAAUGACGAUAAUGGUGAUGAUGAUGGUGAUAAGGAAAAAUUUUGAAUAAAGAAAACAUUUGAAUUUGGAUUUUUUUUUCAAAUUUCUUGUUAACCAUUCUUGACUAUAGGGGCAAAUAUUCGAAUUCAAAUUUGUUCCACACAACAUUCCAACAACAAGAAUUGACCUCUAGAUUCUUCAUCAAUAGACCUAGGACAUUGAUAUUGACGAUUAGUCUACUACCACUACUACUAUCACUACCACUGCUUCUUCUUCUUCUUCUUUGUCUUCUAGUGUCUUGAUGAUCCUUUCA